AUGACAGAAUUAUAUCUAGCAGGUGAUUGUGGCGGUACCAAGGCGAGAGUUGUAAUUGCCUCGCAGGACAGCAUCCUCGCACGGGGAGAAGGGGGGCCAUGUAAUUUACAAACAGUCGGACACGCACAAGCUAUCAAUGUGAUCUUAGAAGCGACCUUCGAGGCGAUUGGACGCUUACCUGACUAUCUCAAGCAGCGUUUCGAGGUCGAGUGUUCUGAGCGCAAAUUCAGCAAACCCCUUUUCAAGGCACUCUGGCUGGCUUUGGCUGGUGUUAAUCAACCCAGUGAUGCUGAGGAGUUCAGACCAGCUGUAGCGCGCGCAUUUGCAAUGGGUGGCAUAGAAUCAAAUGUGAGAGUAACGAACGAUACCGACCUACUCGCUUCGCCUGCGCUCAAGCACGACGACACAGAUGCGGCGAUUGCUCUAAUUGCGGGUACAGGCACGAACGGAAUGGCGUUCAGCAAAACGGAGAACAGAUCGCUUGAACGAAUCGGGAUUAGUAGAGGAUGGGGCUAUCUGCUCUGUGACGAAGGCUCUGCCUACUCAGUCGGUAGAUUAGCCGUUCGAUCUUUGCUCGCAUACGAGGAUUUCAGAGGUAACAGCAAACUCUACAACACAUCCACAAACAUUGCGCAGCUCAAUUUGCACAAAGAUCUCAUGAAACAACUCAAAGUGGAUUCUGCAGCUGAUCUUAUCAACAAGACUUACGCGGAUCAUUCAGACGCAACACAGUACUCUUUCUCGCGCAGCGAAACUAACCGUAAAUGCUGGAUUGCAGAGGCUUGUAGAGUUGUGUUCAAAUACGCUUUCGCUCAGCCUCCCUCCAAGCGCGUUGUGGAUGAAAUACUCAGCGACACGCUGAUAGCGAUACCUGGAGAUCCAACGCCAAACACUAUGGUGCAGUCUACACAUGAUGAUGGCAGUCAACUCGAAGCGCUAAGAAUCGCUGCACAGGCUGUUUGUCCACUCGUUCAUAUGCUCGUCCGUCUCCUCGGCGACAGAAGCAGAAUCAAGCCAGAGACUACAACACUGACAGUUGGAGGUGGUGUGAUUUCAAACAACGGUUAUCGCUCAAUGCUCCUUGAAGCGCUUGAUACUCAUUUCGGUGUGAGAUUCCGUCAUGUUGAGAUAGUCUCCGAUGCUGAAGGUGAAGGCGUGCAGGCACUCGCUAAGCAAUACAAACCAUCAGCUCGCGUGGCUAGAAUCACUAUACAUACACCGCCUCAAUCUCCCAGCAAAAGAAAUUCAUUGAAUUCGUCGCAAACUCUGUCUCCUACGUCGCCGGUACUGAGUGUAGCAACGACGAGCGCAUGA